UCUUCUUCUUCCUACAGUUCUCGCAAUAGAAAGAAAAAAAAAACUAAAUCAAACAAAAAAAAAUGGCUGUUUGGUCUGCUGAAAACGCAACUAAAGCCUACCUCAGUACAUUGAAGAUGGAUCAAAGGACGAAAGAACCAAACGUGGCGGAGUUCAUAUCGGCAUUCGCAGCAGGAAAUAACUCGAGACGGAUAGUGGUGGCAUGUGCGGGAGCAGCCAACCCUGACAUGCUCGUUGCCCUAAAAGCCGCAGCUUUCCAAACCGGCGGUCAAGUGGUUUGCAUCUUGCGCGGGGUCGAGGAACUGAUCAUUUCCAAGAAAAUCUUGGGAUCCUCGGAAGCUCAUCAGAUUGAGUUCGUGCUCGGGAAUUCUUGGGAUAUGCUGUCAGAUCAUUUCAGAGAAGCAGACUUUAUCCUCGUGGAUUGUAACCUCGAGAACCAUGAAGAGAUCGUUCGAGAGAUCGCUAAGGAGGAGAGGACGAGAUCCAAAGGAGGGGUGAUUGUGGGUUACAACGCGUUUUCGAAAGGGUCGUGGAGGUUUAGCGAUGGGAAAAGAACUCAGUUUCUUCCUAUAGGAGAAGGGUUGCUCGUUACAAGGAUCGGUGACAAAAUCAAUCAAGCCGCUUGUGGUAAGGAGAAGAUGAACAUCAUCAAUGGCGGUCAUCGUCAUCAUCAUAAUCAUGUGAGGAAGAGUCAUUGGGUAGUGAAGGUCGAUAAGUGCACGGGCGAAGAACACGUGUUUAGGGUUAGGGUUCCGCAAGGUGAAAUCAUCGAGGCUUGAUGAUUAAGAGAAUUUGGUGAUUAUAAAUUUGGGGUCAUCACCUUUUGUGUUUAUUAGUAGAGUUUGCACUAUGUUCAUUUUGUUUAGUAGUGGGUUCACCUCCGUCAUCGGAAAAUUUAAGCCGAUGAUUAAGACGAGUGACUAGGAUUUUAUAAGAGUUUGCGUGUUCUCAAUCUUCUUUUGUACCAAGAA